AUGGAGAGGUCCCGGGGGAUGUGUUUGCUGCUGCUACUGCUGGCCGGUGUAGCUGCCACCUGGGGCUGCGGGGAGGAGACCUGCCUGGCAGCUCCCGACAACUUCUUGAAUGUACAUCUGAUCCCUCACACACACAAUGAUGUGGGAUGGCUGAAGACCGUAGAUCAGUAUUAUUAUGGAGCGAAUAACAGCAUCCAACAUGCUGGCGUGCAAUAUAUAUUGGACUCGGUGAUCCCUCAGCUGCUUGCGGACCCCAACAAGAGAUUCAUCUAUGUGGAGAGUGCCUUUUUCUGGCGGUGGUGGAGGGAACAGAUGGAGCCUGUGCAGAAAGAUGUAGCCCGGUUAAUACAGGAAGGUCGCUUGGAGUUUAUAAACGGUGGCUGGUCUAUGAACGACGAAGCUGCCACACACUACAAUGCCAUCAUUGACCAGAUGACUCUAGGCUUGCAGUUCUUGCAGAAUACAUUUGGAGAAUGCAGUAGACCGCGGGUCGCUUGGCACAUCGAUCCUUUUGGACACUCCAGGGAACAGGCUUCACUAUUUGCACAGAUGGGCUUUGAUGGCUUCUUCUUUGGCCGUCUGGAUUAUCAGGAUAAGACCAAUCGAGAGAAGACACGACGAAUGGAGAUGAUUUGGCGAGCAAGCGAUGAUUUAGAAGCACCCAGUGCCGAUCUCUUUACCGGGGUGCUUCCAAAUGGUUACAACCCCCCAGACGGCUUCUGCUGGGAUCAGCUGUGCACUGACAUGCCAAUCAUGGACGACCCAAACAUGGAAGAUUAUAACGUAGAUGUCGUGUUAGCCAAAUUUCUUGCGGCUGUACAUGCUCAGGCGGCAAAGUACCAAUCAAAUCACAUUGUUAUGACGAUGGGCUCUGAUUUUCAAUAUGAGAAUGCCAUCCCGUGGUUUAAGAACAUGGACAAACUCAUGAGGCUGGUCAAUGCUCGGCAAGCAAAUGGAAGUAAUGUGAAUGUGUUGUACUCCACCCCAAGCUGUUACCUGAAUGCACUGAAUAGGGCCAACCUCAGCUGGCCAAUGAAGAUGGACGACUUCUUCCCAUACGCGGACGGAGCUCACAUGUUCUGGACGGGAUACUUCACCAGCCGCCCAGGCUUCAAGGGCUAUGAACGGCUCAGUAACAACUUCCUGCAGGUCUGUAAUCAGCUGGAGGCUUUGACUGGAGCAGCUGCAAUACAUGGACCAUAUGGGACCAGCAGCAGCUUAGAGCUCAGGCGAGCCAUGGGAGUAGCUCAGCAUCAUGAUGCUGUAACAGGGACGGCAAAGCAGCAUGUGAAUGAUGACUACACUUUGCGCCUCUUUAAGGGUUGGAAAGCCUGUCAGGUUGUGGUCAGUAAUGCUCUCUCCAGUCUGAUGGGGACUAAAGAAAACUUUGUGUUUUGCAAUCUAUUGAACAUCAGUGUGUGUCUUUCAACAGAGAUGUCUAAAUCUUUCAGCGUGGUGAUCUACAAUCCCCUGGGGACGUGCAGUCACACAGUAUGUUCGUCUUCCUGUGAAUGGCGCACUUUAUGUGGUUAAAGGUCCUUCUGGUGAAUCCAUUCCGAGUGAGGUAGUUCCGGUUUCAAAAUUCACAAAAGAAGUUCGCAGAAAUAAAGGUAGUGCUGAGAGAGAACUGGUUUUCCAGGGACGAAUCCCUCCAUUGGGCUAUAGCAAAUUCACAGUUGAGAAGCUCCAUGCUCAGGAACGAUUCUUCCGGAAGAAGGCUGAGAAAAACUCGUUAAUGAUUCAGAACACGUAUUACAGAGUGGAAUUUGACCCAGAUACAGGGCUAAUCAGCAAAAUCAAGAAUCUGGAGAAGCAGAUUUCCCUUCCUGUAAAACAGAGUUACUACUGGUAUAAUGCCAGUAUAGGUAACAAAGACAGUCAGCAGACCUCAGGAGCCUAUAUCUUCCGACCAAACCAGUCAGAGCCAGUGCCAAUAUCACGGACUGUCCGGAGUUAUCUGGUGAAGAAUUCCCUGGUGCAGGAGGUGUAUCAGAACUUCUCGGCGUGGUGCUCACAGGUGGUCCGUCUGUACUCUGAUCAGAGAUAUCUGGAGCUGGAAUGGACGGUGGGACCUAUUCCGAUAGGGGAUGAUAAGGGGAAGGAAGUCAUCAGUCGCUUUGACACAAAUUUGAAGACAGACGGACUAUUUUAUACCGAUGCAAAUGGAAGGCAAAUCUUACAGAGAAAGAGAAAUUCCCGUGACACUUGGGUGUUGCAGCAAACUGAACCAGUGGCUGGGAACUACUACCCAGUAAACAGCCGCAUCUUUAUCAAGGAUAAGAAUAUUCAGCUGACUGUUUUGUCCGAUCGAUCCCAAGGAGGGUCCAGCAUUGUGGAUGGCUCAGUGGAGCUCAUGAUCCACAGGCGUCUCCUGGAGGAUGACUUUCGGGGGGUAGGAGAGCCGCUGGAUGAGCCGGGACAGUAUGAGGAGGGUCUCGUGGUCCGCGGGAAACACCUGCUGGUACUGGACACACCAGAGGCCUCUGCUGAUGUUCACAGGAAACUGGCCUUGCAGCAGUACUUGUCACCACAAAUUAUCAUUUCCAUCGGUCAAGGAGCACCCUACAGAAAUCAUCAGACGCCAAUCAACCAAUUUUCAGCUCUGCGGGAUCCACUCCCUGACAACCUCCACCUGCUCACCUUUGCUCAGCAGGAGCCCAGUAAGAUCCUGUUACGCCUGGAGCACCCCUUCCAAGGACAUGAAAGUGGUAAUCACUCCCAGCCUGUCACUGUGAAUCUCAAGGAGCUCUUCUCUUCCCUGUCACUGUCUGACUUCAAAGAAACAACGCUGGCUGCUAAUCUGCCAAAGGAGAAGAUGAAGCGCAUGCAAUGGAAAACAAAGAAAGGCUCCAUCCCAACCUCUGAACACAGCAGUUUGGACCUGGACCCUACAAGUGUCACUCUUAAGCCGAUGGAAAUCCGCACAUUCCUUGCAACAGUGCAAUACAAAAAAAUACACAGAGUGGGAUAG